GAUUUCGACUUCGACCGGAUGCUGGACCAGGAGGCCUUAGAGCAGGACAUCCAGAUCAACGCACACCAGGACGACGAGGCGCCGCCCGACCCCAUGGACGUGCAGUUCCCCGAGCUGCUGCACCGCUCCUGGGGCGGCCUGCCGGUGCCCGAGCCCAGCGUCGAGGCGACCCGAGUCUGGACCAUGGAGGAGCGCGAUGGGCUGUGGCAAAAGGCCGUCUCGAAGUUGCAGCAGAGAGCCUCCAGUGUCCCUACAGGCCCCGCCCUUAACCUGUCUUGUGAUUCCCUGAAGUCCUGGCAGGCUUGGCCUAGCAAGGCGGCCGAAUUGACGCCGGAGGAUCUUGGCAUCCUGCUGGAGGCGACCAGGAUCAACGCCGCCACCGCCCAGCAGGCGGCAGCCAG